UUCCGUCGAUCCUCGAAACCUACAUGAGGGUCGAAAAAAAAAAAGGAAACGGGCAACUGGUGUUACAUCCCACUCUAAAAAGGCUAAAAGGAGAUGCCCUUCAAAAAACAGCCAGAAAAGGAAAGGCCAGCAGGACGUGGAAAAAGAGCUGCCAAAUUUAUUAACACAGACAGUCUUAUGUUAUUGACGAUGAGAUGGAAGAAGAUGUAGCGGAACGUGAUCCUCGAUAUAAAAAAACCAAGGCCUCGACUAGUAACAUUACAAAACUUCCGAUUCUGGAAAUAAAUCUGGAAAGUGACGAUGGGGUGACACAAGAAAUUCAGCAACAGAAGCCCCAAAAGCAACAACUUCAACGCCAACAAGAACUACAACAAUCUAAGUUGAAGGCUGAUGAGGCAAUAAGCAUUUUUAUUAAGCGUACACAUUCAGAGGCAAAGUUGUUAAAACGGAAGACAACAGAGAAAAAAAUAAAAAUGAAGCAGAUCGAGGAGAGUCGGCAAAAUGUUGAAAACCGAUCCAAACUCAAUAUUGGGAAGAAGCAAGAGCAACAACAAAAGAUGGUCCAGGAAAGAAAAAAGGAAAAAAACCUGGAUCAUAAAAAUGAAAAAAACAAGGAGAACGCUUAUGUGACCUUAAAAAAUAAGGCUAGAAAGGUCACACAAAAACUACAAAAAUAAAAAAAAAGGGACAUUUUAAUGGAACUGGACACGAAUGUAGAGGAGAUGUUGGCAGCGUUAUUGGAUAAAGAGGAGAGAAUCUUCCAAGAUUGUGAAAAUACCAUCCAGGACAUUGUGAAGGUCCAAGCCGGUGCUGGACAGCAGGAGCCUAGCCUGUAUGAAUCUUCUCAGCAUUCUGAAUCCUUGAGAGUACCACAUACGAAUAAUGGUACGUCUCAGGUUGCAGGACCUUCCAGAGAUCCAGACAUAUCAGCAACAUUCAGCCUGGACGAUGCACAAGUUGAGCAAUUUGGACUGUUUGGUGAUGAUGGCGAGAAUAAUUUUUUCGAUCCGUGCACUCAGAAGCAUCAACCCAAUUUACCAACACUUACUGACUUAAGCGACUAUUUUCAUGGAGGGGAUCAGCCCUACACUCUUCAAUUGUCCGAUAUAAGUGUGGACUUAAUUAAAAAUUAGAAUUAAAAAUGAAAUUUGAAUAUAUUAAUUUCAAAUUUUCAAAAAUUAU